AUGAAACCAAAGAAGCUAAUUGCGGCAGAUGUGGAGAGGAGGUGUCCGGUCCAUGCUUCAGCUGUGCCGAAUGUGGAUUUUCACUCCACAAGAGAUGUGCGGAGGCACCUUCACAGUUCCAUCACCCUUUCCAUCGCCAACACCCUCUCGUUCUUCGAUCAAAACACCCAUACAAGGGAGGACGUAUUUGCAAAUUUUGCGAUGAAAGCUAUCGCAACACCACCACCUUUCAUUAAAGGAAAAUACCAUGAACACCCGUUCACCCUGUUCUGGAAACAAGCCUCGUUCAUCUGCGAUGCAUGUGGCCUUGAAGGAAAUUCUGUUUCCUAUACAUGCUCUGCAUGCAACUUUGUAAUCCAUCCAAAAUGUGCUUCAAUACCACCUAUAAUAAAAGUCCCACGCCAUGAUCACCCCAUUUUUCACAACUAUUUCCUCUCCGGGAACGAGUUAAAGAAUCGGGAUUGCAAGUUUUGCGACACCGAGGUUAAUAUAGACUAUGGGUGUUAUUAUUGCUCAGAUGAUGAGGGACUUGAUGAUGAUUUGACAUCCAUUAAUCCCAUCACUUGUUUCAUUGAGCAAAAUGAGACUGGAGAAAUGAUAAGAAUAAAACAUUUCAGUCAUGCACAUGAUCUGAUAUUAAGUGACAAUUUCACGGAUAAUGAUAAGACCUGUGAUGGUUGCAUGCUACAAAUCUUGACCUCAUUUUACUAUUGUUCCUCGUAUUGUGACUUCUAUCUUCACAAAAGUUGUGCUGAAUCACUCAGGAAGAAGUUGCGUUGGUUUCAUGCACAUCUACAAGGACUUAUCCUUAUUGUCGGCUACAUUUUCAAAUGCAACUUAUGCGAUUGUGAGAGCAGCGGCUUUGCUUAUAAAUGUGAAGUAUGUAAUGAGCAUUUUUUCCUUCCAAGUGUGGUUGAUAGAGAUUAUAGAAUCAAACAUCCAGCACAUGAACACCCUCUCUUCUUCUUAGAAAAGGUCCAUGGGAAUUGCAAAGCCUGCGGUGAAUCAUGGGUAAACCUACAUAGAUGCAAGCGUUGUGAUUUCAAUCUGGACUUUUCUUGUCAAUCAUUGCCGCUUACAGUUCGAGACAGGCGUGAUGAACAUCCACUCGCACUCACGUACCAGGAAGGCAAUGAUUAUUCAGAAUAUCUUUACUGUGACAUCUGUGAGAAAGAAAGAGACCCAAAUCACUGGUUUUAUCGUUGUGAAACUUGUGAUUUAUCUGCUCAUCUCAAAUGUGUUCCUCAAAGCCGUCUGUUGAUCAAACCUGGAAGUAAGUUCAAAGCAGAAGGCCUCCACACACAUCCUCCUCCUCCUCUUCCCAUAUUUAUUAUGAGUGUGUUGAUCAAACCUGGCAGCAUGUUCAAAGAAGAAGUUCACCACCAACAUCCUCUUACUUUUGUACGCAAGCCUCAUUGUUAUCUGUCAUGUCGCAUAUGCAGUAAGCUCUGUGAAGAUUUGGCUCUCGAAUGUGCAGACUCUACAUGCAAUUAUACUGUCAAUUGGGAAUGUGUGAAGCCUGCUGACUUCGGCAGAGCAAUAGACCAGUUGCGCUUCACAGAACUCAAACAGAUUGUUAAAGUUGGAGGAAAACAAGAUUAUCAAAAACAAGGUUCAAUGGGGAUGGAUCAAAGUAGCCGAUUCAAAUCUUGCAGGGAUGUGAAAGCUUGGUUCUGUUUGAUUGAUGGUGUUAUUGUGUUUCUAUUUUCAUUGUCUGAAAAAUAA